CCGUGGAAUAACUAACACAGAUUAAACUCUCGAUUCGUACUACGUAAUCCGCGCAGGAAAAAACAAAAAAAAGAGAAAAAGAAAACAUCUCCAUUGACAUUUUUUUCUUUUUGACACAAGAAUGAUGUACGAGUAAUGUGACGUAAGAGAGGCCUUUUACAUCGCACGCCAGCAUUAUCAGAGCUCUCGUUAGCAAUCAUGCACGGUCCGGAUAGAACGUGUCUGUGCUAUGCGCGUCGCCACCUUUCGCCAGCGCUGCUGUCACGAGAGCGUGAGGAACACGCGAGGCGAGGAUUAUGAGCGAGUCGACGACCGUCCCCGACGACUUUCGUUGCUCUUCUCGCCGAGAAUGACUUAGGCCAGCUGGUCGAAAGUGGAUAACUCAUCCCCGGUAUACGCGAUGCGGAACUUACAUUGGGCAUGCUGGCUGUUUUGGGUGGGUCUACCAAUGCUCGUAGCCUACCCUGUACCCUCGUCACUCGUCACAGGUUCACCGCACACUCAUGGUUCUUGGCAAUGGGAACGCUAUUGGAUGCGUUAUGCGAUUGCUUUGUCAAGUGUCACCGCCACAGCGUUAACUUUGGCUGGUUGCCUUUGUUGCCAGAAGCAUAGAAGACCAAAGGGAUUUAAGGACAAAGCAGAGAAAUGCAAUCAGGAAUUCAAGGAUGGGAGCAGUAUAGAGCAGGAAAGUGCAUUUGGUCAAUCUGAAGGAUUGGAAUUGGAUGCAUCCAGAACGUUAGCUGCUUCCGAGAGAGUCCAAUUUGAACCUUUACCAGUGGAUUCUAUUGUAUCUGGAACAAGAAAUACUCCAAAAACUAAAGCAAUACCUCUAUCAGCACCACAUAACGAGGAUCAAGAUACAGAUCGUUCUAUUCUACAGGAGCCAUGUAGCGAAUGGUUUAGUUCCAAUGAACUUUAUGUACCAAGAGAAAAACUCAAAUAUCUUAGAGAAAUAGGUCAUGGAUGGUUCGGCAAGGUUGUAGAAGGUCGGGCAGAUUUGGAACAGUCGAAAGGUAUAUCAAAAUCGGGUGGUGUGGUCGUAAGAAUUCUCACUGAAGAAGCUACCACUAGAGAAAAAGCUUGGUUUCUUGGUGAGGCCACUCCAUACUUGAAACUACGCCAUCAGAAUGUUUUAGCUCUACUCGGUUUCUGCUUGGAAACUGAUCCGUAUCUUUUACUAUUUGAGUCGUGUCCGGCUGGCGAUUUGAAAGGUUUUUUGUUAUCGAAUCGCGAUGCGACAUCGAGGGACGCGCUUACCAAGGAAAAUGUUCCGAUACGAAUCGCAAUAGAAAUUGCGGCUGGUUUGAAACACAUGCAUAGUCAUGGCUUUGCGCAUACGGAUCUUUCUGCGAGGAACUGUCUGAUCGCGCCGGACUUAUCGGCCAAGUUAGGAGAUUAUGGCACCGGCGUCGAGAAAUAUCCCGAAGAUUAUUAUAUAAUAGGAGAUCGGGCCUUACCCAUCAGAUGGUCCGCGCCGGAAAGUUUGAACUGUACGGAUACCACGAUUGAAACGCAAGAGAUCACGUUAAAGGCCAAUAUGUGGAGUUACGCGGUUCUUUUAUGGGAGAUCAUGAGUUGGGGCGAGAGGCCUUACAACGACAUGAACGAUGAGCAGGUUAUUCAGAUGAUUUUAUCUCUGAAGAAGCAAGUUUCACCAAACGGUACGCGACUGCUGCAAAGCUAUCUCAUUAAUUGUCCGUCAAAUAUAUGUCAAGUGACUCGCUUGUGUUUGAACGUUAACGCAAAGGAUAGACCUUCCUUGGAUGACGUGAGACAAAUUCUUCUGAACGAACAUUCGACGCACGUGGAUUUCGAACAACGCUGGGAGAGUUUGCGCGCGAACGCUUGCGGUAAGCAGCACGUACGAAGUGCCAGUUUGCAAGAUUUACGCGGAAGCAUCGACUCCGACUACUGGACUCACAUUGUUGAUGACGUACCAAUAACGGACACGUUACAACAAUCCUCGUUUCGUCUCGGACCCGAUGAACAGGUGAGAAACAUCCCUGGAAUGAAGAUCGCCCCCCUAUUUCAAGAAUCCGGCUCGGAAACCGAGGAAGAGAGCUGGAAAGGUCGGAUAGAAAAGGGCGUUUAUACGGAAAAGGUGAAACAAAAGUCUAAGUCCGUGACAGAUCUUAUGGUGCUCGUACACAUUGAUCCUGAUUCCGAUGCGGAAUGGUCAAUGGGAGCGCAAAUCUCAUCGUCGGAAAAAAACAUCAAGAAGAAGUUAUCCUCGACUGGUAGCGACAGUGAUCUAAGACACACCGUUCCCGUGGACGAGUUCGACGAAGCGUUGAAGAAGCUACGGGAUCCGUUGUCGAAUAACAAUAACGUUACCAAUAAAGUUAGAUCGCUGGAAAAUUUAGAACGACCGAAACUUUUGACCUUGACUAUGGAUCAGGGCCAUACGCCGAUCUUACGAUUAUCUUUAGACAGUGCGGGAAGAACUCCUGAAAACAAUAAUGACGCGCCAUCCGAGACGAACGCAGAUAACACGCAGCGCAGUGAAAAGCACGUAUUGAGACUCUUGUCAAAGGGAGAUCCGGAUCUUCCCCUUCUUCGCUAUGUACCUGAUCAAAUGUCUGUUGAAGAAGAAGUGAGAAGGAGAGGAGACGAUGAUGUAUCGUUCGUUAAUAAAGAGACGAUCGACGACGAUAUUCCCGAUCGUUUCAUCACAAAUAAUAUCGAGACUGACCAACAUAACGCGGUGGAUGUUUUGCUCUGGAAUCAUGCGUUAGACUCGGCUUUAAAACACAAAGUACCCGGUUUCUCGGAUGAAGCAGAAUUUAACGAGUAUGUAGAAUCGGUAUCGACUGAACAAAGUAACGCACCGGAACUGACCGUGACCGUAUCUACACCGGAUGCAUCGCACUUUUGUAACGUCUAUUCGAUUUAUAGUGCCGAUGAUAAUUUUUCUACAGAGAAAGAGCAAGUGGAACAAAAACUGCUGCCAAAUGAUGACGAUGAAGAGCGAAAGCAAUUGUCCACGCCGGAUGAUGAGCAGAGCUCCGAUUCAGGUUUUCGGGACAAAGAGUCUUGCGAGGAAGAGGAAGCGGUUUGUCUGCCGACGUCUGGUAAUUCUUUGCCUUCAACCAAUAACGCCGCUACUUCCGAAUCGUUCUACUCCGAAGAGGAGCCAUUUCAGAUUCUAUUCGAGCUAGAUACUAUUCUUGACGCGGAAUAUUAUGCUACUGCCGGUCCUGAAAGUAUAACAGAAGGUACAAUUUCUCCGCCCGAGAAAAGCGUAUCGCCUUUGAAACGAAAUGUUUCAAAUCAUAUCUUUAUGGAUGUAGAUGAGCUGAACGUGAAGAAAGAACAAGUUGACGUAUUGACCCAAAUGGUCGAUACGAAGGAUAGUCUGAAUGAGAGAGCAAAUACAAUAGAAGACAUCGAAACGAUGGAAAAGAAAAAUAUAAUUCCUGAAUGUAAAACUCAAGAGUCUAAAGUUGAAGAUAACAUUUGUCGAUCACACAAUUUGGAAGCGGAAGUCGCUUUAAAAGCGGAUACAAAUAAUAUCAAUGCUCAGCGAGAUGAGCAAGGGGAUUAUGAAAACGAGGAUGAAGACAGUUCAACAGUGAGCUUACGUAGCGACAAUUCAUACGUAUCGUUCAACAUGGAAGAGGAAUUUGUAACAGCAAUUCGUAACGAACUCAGGGAAAAAUUGCCACAGGCUCAGAUGCAGAUUGUGGAAUCUUUAGAAGCUCACGAUGACGAAAGCUCAACCAGCGACAUGUAUGGUAAACGAUGGGAUGACGAGGAUGGUGAAGAUUCAAACGAUCAAAUUGGCGGAGGUGUAGACAUUUCGAUCAGGUAUAACAUGUACGGAACGCCACUUAGUCCCAUUUUAGAGGAGCGAGAAAGCACUGUUACUUCCGAGUCUUUAGUAUCAAAUUCCAGGGAGGUGUCGAUCGUUUCGAGAGACUCGGUGCCAUCCGAGGACGUGUUGCUAGUCGAUACACGUACCAACGAAAUGAUAUUAUUGGAAGGAUUGGGAGAGCGAUUGCAGGACGAAGAUCGGGAUACCACAAACGGCGAUUUGUCCGAGGAGGAAAAUUUCGAUUAUACUUGUUCGAUGAUGCGUCCAUUAGAAGAUAAAUCACGUGGGAUCAUGAAAACAAUCGGAGGCGCACCGUUACCGAGCCCCGAAGAAGAAUCUAAAUGGCAACAGUUGCCUUCGUCCUUUCCAUUACCCCUACCCUUACAAGAUGAUCUAAUGUCAACGAGUUUUGCCACAGAGCAUGAAUGUUGCAGUCAAGAUGAAGACGAAGAAGAGGAAGAAGAUGAGGAGGAAGAUGAAGAAGGAGAGGAGGAAGAUGAGGACAAUAGUUCCAGUUCCGGUGAAUUUGUAUGGAAGAGAUACAACGAACCGCAUAUCGAACAGAUACGGAUCAAAAGUACCACGAACCAAGAUGACGAAGCGACGAGUAUGACAACGGCGAAUACCGAAUUGGAAGAGGAGUUGGAUGUCGAGGAAGAUGAAGAAGAGGAGGAAGAGUUUACACCUUCGGCCUGGAAUGCCGCUUUAGCACCUCAUCGAUCGGCAUUGAGGUCUCCGGACAAAACAUUAAAAUCUGGGGAUCAAAAGAAGAGUGUAUGGUUCAAGAAGCAACGAUACCACUGUGUGUAUGAAUACCCGAAAGAAACACCAUCUGUGGACAAUCAAGCAGACGCUACCACUAAUUCGGAACCAACGUUGUACUCUGAUUGGGAAGAAAUGAUUAAUGAGCCGCGAUUAGACAUGUAUCAUUUAAAUUACGACGAUGCCAAUCAUACUGGAAAUGAUGAGUUUUUCGUCACUAGUUCGAAUCGGCCCUUUCAGUUCCAAACUAGCGAAAGUCGGUGCGUUAGCCAAUUUUUUCCCGGCGCGAACGCGUCUUUGUUGUCCGAUGAACGGGAUGAAAUGGAUGGCUGUAGACAGGAGCCGCACCAGAACAUUGAUUUCGCCAACGAAUACGAGCAGUGUCAGCAGCAUCAAUUAGGAGAAUUAAGACAUACCAGAGAUCGUUUGAAAUUAAAUCUAGUAUCAUCGAAUAGUAUACCGUCCGUCCCGUUCGUUCCUGCAAAACAGCCGCACGCAGAGCAGUUAAACGUUAAAGAGAAUCACGAAUCGGAACUUGAGAACGUCAUCGCGCAAGACCAAUGUAUCGUAUCGAGAAAUGAUAACACGUUACCAAAGGUGCCUCACGAAGAUGUCCAAGCUGAUUCAUCUUCUACAAGAAAUUUCCAGCGCGAUAGCCGGGAAAUGCUAGAGUCCACCGAAAAGUGAAGUGUUUUAAUUCGUAAUCCACAAUGAAACUAAAGUCUGUAACGGUGUUUUAAGGAGAAACAGUUCAGUCCGUCCGAAAUAAUCUCGUCGUGAAAAUGUCUUGUCGAUUUUCCUCUUAACGCAUCCGAUAAAAUUAUCAUCGAUGAGAUUACUAUCAUGUG